AGCGAGAUAAAAUUAAAAAUAAAAAAAAGAGAGAAAAAUAGAAAAAAGGGUCCGAAAAUGACUGAAUACGUUGCUUCUCUCGGUACUGUCAGCCCAGCAGGCCAGCACCAUGCUCCUCACGCUCGCCUUCGUUCACAUACUUAAAGAAGAUGAGAGAAUAUCCCGCCGUUCGUGCUGAGAGCCCACGAAAAAAAAAAAAAAAAGAGCACCCCACCCUUCUCAUCUUCUCAUCGUCCAGAUCUUGUCGCAUUUGUCGCCCCAACGCAGAGUUCGACAAAAGGGGGAACGGCGAUGGACGUUUCAGGGGCCCCAACGCAGAGUUCGACAAAAGGGGGAACGGCGAUGGACGUUUCAGGGGGGGUCCUGUCUCGUCUCGGUCAUCUGCUAGCUUUCGUCCUCGUCUUCGUGCUCCUCUUCAUCCUUGGAAUCCUUAAAGCGGUUGUCAUCGCGCCGAUUGUAUUCGUCACAGUGGUGGUCGGGAACGCUACCUUGAUCAUCGGGCUGUACCCUUGUCACGUCGUCUGGACUUGUUACUGUAUCGUGAGAACGAAGAAAUUCGGAUCGGUGCCGAAGGCUCUUAUCCUGCUAUUAAUGCCGGUUCCCAUCGUUCUCUGGCCCAUCUCCGCGGCGAUUGGGACUGUCUUGACGGGAAUAGGAUUUGGAGUGGGCCAGCCGCUCAUGGCAACCUUUGAGGUCGUCGGAGAAGGAGUCGACAAUAAGUUGGUCAGGUGUUUCACGGACGGUACCUGGGACUCGAUCAAAAGAGGGUGUACCAUUGUGCGUGAUUUUAAGGACAUUUGCUUCCACUCUUACUUCUCAGUCAUGGAUGGGUUACUCGAGGCGAGGGGCGAGACGAUCAUGAACAUGAGGUUAUCACAGAUACCGGGAUGCUUAUUGGCAGGGAUCGUGGGUCUUCUUAUUGAUGUGCCUAUGCUUAGCCUCAUAGUACUUUACAAAGUUCCCAUCAUGCUGUACAAAGGAUGGAGGCAGUUGAUCCGAGAUCUUAUUGGACGUUCAGGUCCAUUUCUUGAAAGUGUUUGCAUUCCCUUUGCCGGACUUUUAAUUUUGUUAUGGCCUAUAGCAGUUGAAUUGACUGCUGCAGCUGGAAUUCUUUCAAGCUUUGGUCUUGGAUGCUAUGCUGCUGCUGUCGCAUACCAGGAAGAUUCUACAAUGAGUGGCAUACUGUAUACCAUAUCUGUGAUAUCUACAUUUGAUGAGUUCACUAAUGAUUUUCUCUACAUGAGAGAAGGAUCUUGCUUCCCAAGACCCAAGUAUCGCAAGGCUGUUCUUUCUCAGUCGCCAUCACUUCCAAUAAAGCGGGUUCCAGAGCAGUCUGAUUUUACUCCUUUGCAACGCCCACUGAUAAAGACAGCUUCAAUGAAACUGCAAGAGCUAAAAGCAGUAGUGAUAUGGGACAACUUUUUCAAGGGAUGUGAUUAUCUGGGGAAAGAGCUUGUUGGAGCUGGUGCCAUCUUGGUAUCAGAUCUGGAGGCCUGGAAAAAUUCAAAGAACAAGAUACUUAACAUAGGGCUUCCUUCCUAUGUAUUUCUGCAGUGUUUUCUCCGUUCCAUUAAGAGCGGUUCUGCUGGUUUUGUCAUGCGUAUUAACAAUUACCCUUAUUUGUUAUGCAUUAAAUGGAGCAUGCUGCAACAAUUAUCAGAUGCUAAAUUUGAAAUAACUUUCUUAUACUUGCUGCUAUCAGGUGAUGAUGUUGAACUGACAAGCAUUAAUAGGCCAGAGGGAAGAAUUUUUGACUGGCUUUUUGAGCCCAUGCUUCUUCUGAAAGAGCAGAUUAAAGCUGCAGAUCUACAACCAACAGAAGAGGCGUACCUUUGCAAGUUGGCUCUUUAUUGUGGUGAUGCUCAGAGAUUAGCUGCAUGGCAAAAUGUUGGAGUUCCACCAGCUGACGAGGUUAAACGAGCUCAGCUGGAGGGCCUAAGUAGAAGGUUGCAAGGCUUCAGCCUGACCCUUUCAAGGAUGCCAACCUUCCGGCGACGGUUUGCGGAAGUUGUGGAGGCACUAUUGCAAGAAGCCAGGCAGAGAUCAAAGCAAAACUUUAAUGGCAUAGAGCAAGCCUUAUAACUAUCACCUAUUGAUAGGAUAGUUGAGGUAUGGUGAGAAGUGCAACUGGGGCAUGCUGAUGUUACCUGGAUGAUUGUUCUUAUAGUUCCUGUAAUUUAUGAAUGUUUUCCAUUGUUAGUAAGGAUUCUGCACAUAAUCAAAGAUGUCUGUCAGAAAUAUGUAUGUCGGAUUAGUGAAAUACCAUAUUCUUGUUGUAAUGAAAGUGGCUUGAUAGGGAGUUACUCGAGCUUAAUGCUCUCAUAAAUUUUCAUAUCUUAAGAGUUUAGAUUGAUACGGUGCACGCAAGUUUUCUAAGAAAUAGAUGUGAGCGGGAGAUGGGAGGAAAAAGCUUCUUGUUUUAA